CUAGCCACCGGAAAUGCCGAGACGGGCCCUGGCGGAUAAGAAGUAAACUUCGGGAGCCAACAUGGCGGCAUGUCGUCCGUGGUGUGCCGUGGAGAGCAAAGCUCACCACUAAAAUAAUCCAAAAAUUGAAGCAAAACUCCACCACCGAAAGGCACUCACACGACAGAUCUGGUCCGAUUGAUCCACAUUCCACGGAAGGAAAGAAAGUAAACCGAUUUCACCCUUUAUUAGUCUGAGAAGCUGCAAAAAAAAAAAGAGGAAAAGAACAGGUUAAAAACGGUGCCGCGUCGUCCACAAUUGGAAAGCUCAUCAAGCAGCAGCAGCAUCAGUUGUCGAAUUUUCCGGCCAAAAAAAAAAGCAAGUUUAAACAGUGCUCCAGUUUUUCCAUCAAGAAGUUUUCUCUCUCAAAGAAGGAAAGAAAGAAGAUACGCACUGGCAAGAAGUCCACGAACCUGCAUCGUUACAGCAUUGUAAACGCUAAGCCGCACAAAGCAAACACCGUUGCCUGUCUUGUCAGCUCCGGCAGGUUCCGCACACACCUCCUGGUGCCAUCAUGGCCAGCGCUAAGUGGCAGGCAUCUGGCGCUCAGCAGGGGGAAGACGAAGCCGGAGACCAGGCGUCAUCCGGUUCCCCCAGGCAAAACGGAAAGCAAGGGAAUGCGCAUAGGGAGGCCGGCAUUGUUGAAAAACUCCUGCACUCGUAUGGAUUCAUCCGGUGCUGCGAGCGGUCGGCGAGACUGUUCUUCCACUACAGCCAGUUCACGGGAAACAUUGAGCACCUGCGCAUAGGAGACCCGGUGGAGUUCGAGAUGACCAAUGACCGAAAAUCGGGAAAGCCCGUAGCCAGCGCCGUGGUUAAGAUAUCGUCCGAGGCCCUGUCCAGCGAGGUGCUUAGCGAUGAGGUGGCAACGGGCUUCAUCACGACCGAAGCCAAGGAUGGUGCCGAGGGCCGAGUGGCAUACGAGAGUCGCGGCGAGUGCUUCUUCCUGCCGUACACGGAAGAGGACAUCGAGGAGGGCUACACGCUCCACCAGAACGACAGCGUGCGGUUCUAUCUGGCCACCUGCAAGGAGACGGGUGCACCCUGUGCCAAGCGCGUGCGCCCCGAGAACGCCCCCGCCAAGGGCACUCCAGAAGCCCGGGGGGCACGCAAGAGCCUGCCGUCGCCAUCGCCGUCUGGACAGCGCAAGCAGGGCGUCGUCUGCGCCCUCAAGGACACGUUUGGCUUUAUUGAAAGGGGAGACGUCGUCAAGGAGAUCUUCUUUCACUCGAGCGAGUGCGGCGACUUUCGGGCCCUAUCGCUGGGCGAGGACGUGGAGUUCACUGUGCAACUUCGCAACGGCAAGGAGGUGGCAUGCAACAUCACGCGCCUGGCGCCCGGCACAGUGGUCUUCGAGGACGUUGACCCCGAGCUGCUCCAGGGCCGCGUGACAGUCGUGGCCGACAGGGGUCGGCCGUCACAGGCAGCCGCCGCUGAUCCUCUGCCGGGACGCAUUGUCUACACACAGGGCGAGGAAGAACUGGAGAUGCCUUAUGGUGAACGCGACCCAAAGUGCGAGUACUCCCUCCAAGUCGGCGACCAAGUCCAGUUCAGCAUCGCCACCGACCGCCGGGACGGCCUCCAGCGGGCCACCAACAUUGAAUUGCUCGACCAGACGUUUGCCAACGAGUCUCGACAAGUGGGUGUUGUGGCCACAGUGAAGGAAAGCUUUGGCUUUAUCAGCUGCCAGGAUCGCGACAGCCAGAUCUACUUCAAGACUUGCGAGCUGCUCGACCCGGACAUGACCUUGCAUCCGAGUGACGAGGUGGAGUUCACGGUGGCUCAAGAUCCUGCAUCUCCCAGUCGCUUUUUGGCAACACGCAUUCGCCGCCUGUGGUCCGUGUGUGAUGACCAAGACGGUCCUCGCACAAGGCGCUCGCUGUCGAAUGGUGACGGAUCUGCCGUCAACGGGGAUGAAUCCAAGAACUUGAGAAACAGGCAGGGAGAGUCUGGCAAAGCCCGCGGUGGGCGAAAUGGCUUCCGGUACACGCACCGUGGCUACAUAGCAGCCCUGAAGGAGAGCUUCGGCUUUAUUGAAAACGAAGAGCACAACCAGGACGUCUUCUUCCACUUCAGUGUUUUCGAGGGCAACCCGCAGACCCUAGAGCCCGGCCAGGAAGUGGAAUACGGCAUGGUGCUCAAGGGCACCAAGCGUAGUGCCGAGUGCGUGCGCAAGCUUCCCGCCGGCACACUGGCCGAUCCCGAGGAGGUCGUCAAGCCUGAAAUUCUCAACGGCACCGUCGAGCGGCCCGUGCGUUGCUUCAACCCGGAUCAGGAGCAGUACGCGGGACUCAUCCGCCUCACCAUCUCAGGGGAGAGCGCCGAGCCCACUCCCACCUACCCGUUUGGCAUCACCAGCCUGACGGACAAACACGAGCUGCUCCAGAAGAACGAUGUGGUGCAGUUCCAGGUGGCCACCACUGGAUCGGGUGUGGAACGUGCCGUCAACGUUGUGGCUGUGCGAGCUCGGGUUCAGGCUACGGUGGAAGCAAUCAAGGGCCAGUUCGGCUUCCUCUCUCACGAGGCCGAGGAGGGGCGCAAGCUGUUCUUCCACACAUCCGAGGUCAAGUCUGGUAACCACCUCCAGGUGGGCGACCGUGUCGAGUUUGUGGUUGUCUACAACCAGCGCACCAAGAAGUACGCCGCCUGCAGUGUCAUCAAAGUUGGUGAAUCACAGCCAACACAACGUCCGGAGCGUCUCGUGAGCCGGCUACGGACCCUCUCGACUGAGGACUCCGGUCCGCGCAUCAUCAUCGUUCGUCAACCCCGCGGUCCAGAUGGCACCAAUGGGUUUGCCAGCCGUGGAACGGAAGCGAACCCAACUGCAGCUGAAACACUCAUUGAAGAGUCCGAGGAGGCCGUGGAGUCUGAAGAAGGAGGGAAUGGAAAUUCUCAAGACGAAGCCGAGGACGUGGCCAAGCCUGAUGAAACUGAAGUUGCUGACAACACGCUCGGUGCUAUGGCUCCGGUGGAGGCUGAAGUCCAGGCCUAAAGAUAGGCCUAGUGAAGGAAGUCGAGAGACUUUUUUUCUCUGCUUUUUGUGUUCCCUAUUGGCUCUGGUGCCAGCAUCAUUCUCUUUUGGUGCAAAAAAACAAACAGUGGGUGCAACAAGACUUCAUAUUAUUUCCUUCUGCAUGCCGCCAUUUCUAGGUUUUGCGUUUGAGCGCAUCCCUGGCAAGUUCUUUUGCCCUUUUUUCUUUCCUCUGUCAGUUUAUGGAAAUGAAAAGAAAAAAGGAAGUGGCAAAUCUUAUGUAUUCUCUUGUUGAGUUGAGCAUGUAUGAUUGCGUGUGCUUGUGUGGGUGUGUCUUUUAUUUUUGUUUGCGUUUUUCUUCGGUAAGUUUCACGGGGCGCAAGUUUCAGCGAAACUUUGAAGUCUUUUUGGAAUUGAAGUUAGAAUCGUGAAGAAAAAAGAAACAGUGUGAUUGCUGUCUUGUGGCGUUUAAAGCAAUGGUGUAAGUGAUGUGCGCAUUUUUCUUCUCCACGGCUCCAUUUUUGUUUGUCUGAGGCCUUGUCUCGGCUCGGAUUCUGUCUUAUCAAAGAUUUUUCCCCUUUCCACCUGUUUCAAAGGUACAACUGUUCUGCAUGCUCGUUUUGAAACUUCGAAGUGGCACAGUUUGAAAGAGCCGAGGCAGUCCGUUCUGUUUUUGUUUUUUUCCACAUUUCAGCUGCACAAUUGGUACCGACUUGUGGGUGCCUGAAAUAUGUGAUUUCUUUUUUCUGUCGUGAUUUCACGCUUCUUUCUUUGGUCAGCUUUUAAUUUUUUUUUCUUUCACAUCCUAAAUGUUGACUUCGUUAAUCUUCCUUUUUCUGUGGUGGUCUGUAGGAGUCGCAGAACAAUUCCAAGUCUUUCUAUGUGUCUGUGCAUGCGUAUCCAAGCAACGAACGAUAAAAAAAAGUUUGAAAAAAUGUGCUGCUUGUUUUGAUCAAGCGCGAUAUUUCUUUCAAUUCCCGCCCCUCAUCAAAACGUGGUGUUCCACCGCGUAAACUCUUUGCCUCCACAACUGCGAUGCCACCCCAAUACCUUCUCAUGAAAGCAACGCCCUUUGGGGGUAAUACUCAAGGCAAUACAGCUGACUUUCUUUGUUCUCUGUUUUCACUAACCUUUAUUGUUUUGCCAAUAUGGUUAUGAGUUUUCUCUCUCUUCUGAAUAAAUGACUUGUGGUAAGCCCCCAUUUAAAUGCCUCUGUUCCAGUAUGGUAAUCAAUUGGAAAAGCCCCACAGUAUUGGCUUGCCAACUUCUGGCCAAUUAUUAACGAGGUUGUGUACUGGCAACAAAUUUAAAGCGAGAAAUAAGGAACAUAUAAGGCGACUACACUGAUGAUGAUUUUUGGCAAGCCCACGUUUAACUGCCUUGGUCCCAUUCUAAUUAUAGGCAGUGCCACACAAUAUUAUGUUGCCAUUCUGUAACAUUAUUUUUGGGAAACAGAUUCAAAGUGAAAGAAAAAAAUGAACGUAGAAAGCUGUUGCGUGGGUCAGUUCGUUUGUUUUCUAUUCCUGUGAUAACGUGCAACAAAAAUCUUGAAAUUGGCAGCGCUCUACUGGCAGUUUGGGUUACUUAGCAGUAUGAGUAGCAUUUUUAAUAUUGUGUGCCCUUAAGCAAUCGUGUGACACUCUUUCAUAGAAUUUGUUUUCUUGGUUGCAUUGAGGUGUGGGACCUUGCCGAGUAUUGGCACACCCAUCCAAUGUGCUGUGUGCCAGGCCAUUGUUGUCUUGGGGGAAAAUUUUGCAGCAGGAACGAGGGGUGAAUGACCUUGACUUCCAAAUAUUUCUGGUGCCUGUCUCAUGCACCGAUCAGUGUCUGUCUAUGUGCUCCUCUUGCUUCAAUUUCGAUGCUUAGUCAUCGAGAGUAUGGCGCUGUUGCGUGUUUAGAUUUUGUAUGCUUUGCUGCAUGAACGGAGGUGUUUUAAUUUCUGUAUUAAUUUCUUCAUAACCAUGCUACAACAUUAAAGCCUCCUUUUAGGACCUUUGGCUAUACAUCUUUUGCUUUAUCUGCUCUCGUUAAAUUUAUCUGUUCACUUUGCUGCCUCGAGAAGUUUUUGUUCUCUUGGAUGCAGUGGUGUAGAGCUAGGGGUAAAUUUUUGAUAUUGAAGUUACAGGUGGCUUUGGGACCUAUAUGUCGUGUUGUACCCUCCCCCAUUGGAACGAAAAUAUAGAACUGCACAUUUUUUCAAUUGGCAGCACUUCAGGAGUGUUGAGGCACUGUUUUGUAGCCUAGGAUUUACUCAGUACUAUGCUGGAAUGUCAGGGAAACAUCCUUGUGUGAAUUUUUUCUCAUUUUCUGAGUUUGCUGUAGUGUAUUGAUGUUUGUGUCACUGUUAAUUUCUUCUUCUGAUAUUUGCCUGAAUUUUGACAGGUUCUUCAGCAUCCUCUAUUUGAACUUAGUUUGACGACUCUGUUAUAUAUUGUGCUAUCAAUUGUUUCUUCGUAAGGCAUUUUUAGUCUUCGAGGCAUUCACAUGCUGAGCCGGGCAAACGCUCAUUGCAGAUUUUAUUACCACCUUUUUGUCUGUGUAGAACAUUUUAGCUCUGUCGGCGCUCGGCGAUGCCUGUUUGCAGAGUGGAGUUGAUGGAUGGAAGUGUUUAAAAAGUGCAUAUACUGUCUUUUAAUGUGGCACGGCGUUAUGCAAAUUAUAGGGGGCGCCCAAGUAGCUUUGGAAACUGGGCCACAAAUGUUGCAGUGUUGGGACAGUAUUGACAUGACGUUGGACUGGUGAUGCCCAGUAUUGUGCCAACACGCCUUUACACAGGACAUUUGUUGGCCUUGCUUCUGUGCUGCUAGGGCGGUGUUGGAAACAGCAACCCAUUACUGCCUUGUUGAUAUCAUGUCUAUAGUAUUGGAAUUGGAGUGUAUUCAGUUUUGGUGGGAAAAUAUCAUUUCUUCCUAAAGCUGUAUUUUAUGUGUAUGUGUGUGUGUGGUCUGUUUUUCUUUUUUCUUUUUCACAUUGCUGCUUUGAACGUUAUGGUACUUGGCUCUUUGAGUUGGCAUUUUCAAUUGUACACACAUUAGGAGAAGCGCUGCGAGUUUCAGUGCUGGCUGUAUCUUCUAACUUUAUUGCUGACCUUAAAUUUUUUUCGCAGUAUCGGUGUAGCAGAUUCUUUUUUUUUAUAUAUAUAUAUAUAUAUAUUUGUAUUCUAUCCCUACUGGAAAAGUUAUGUAUGCAUUGUAAUUACGUUUUCCCCAUUCCAAUCGGAAGUGAUACGGACUCCAUAUGACUUCCACAUACUUCUUGUAUGGGUAAUGCGGAAAACUUACUGAAUUAUGAGACUCAUAUCAAACUUUUUCAGCGGGGGCCUUAGUCAUUCAUUUGCUGUAGUCUGCAGACUUCUGCCAUUGGCAGCCAAGAUUGUCUGCAGUGAAUCAUUGUGGCUGAGUUUUGCCUUAUUUCUCGUACUUCCGCUGCAUGCUCUAAAUUAAUUUUCACUUUCAGAGCAUAGCAUCUGUUUUGAAAAAUCCGUUUGCAUUCUCAAAAAUUUUUUUUGCGUUGCUUACGUGUAAAGAAUGCACAGUUAACUGUAGAGUCUGGCAUUCUUUGUAGGAGCAACACGGGAAGUAAUAAAUUAAGAGAACGUCUAUCGAAUUUUAUCUGUAAGGGCAGGUGUGUUCAGAAAGAAGUCUGUCCCGAUUGCGUACAGAAAUCGUAUUUUUGGAAGUUCGACAUGCACACUUGAACGAAGCUUUGUAAAUUUUGAAUGAAGAGCUGUCUGCUUUGCGCGCCUACAGUAUCACUUGAAUGUGUCGAAAAACUUGGAUGGUCUGAAAGGAACGUAUGAAAAAAGUUUCGCCAAGAGUUUGUGCAACACUUCGAAAAAUCGCAUACUGUUCCCCAGUGCAUUGCUGUCAAGACUGUUCAUGUGUUCCACAUGAACACCGUGUGGAGGUGUACUGUCUAAAUGCUCUCCUGUUCUCUUCUUUUAAAUCUUUUAAAUGUUUUUUUUUUCCACAUGUUGCGAGAGUGUUUAAAUACGUGCUGCUCAAAAUCAAAUGAAGGAGUCUUCUUUUUCUUGGAUACAAUUGCCUUUGGUAGCGGAAAGUCAGUCUCAUCAAAAAAAUUUGUCAUUGAAUUACCGGUCGCCAGUUCACUAGCUGUGUCAGUAAGGUUCCUUUCCCAACGCUUGGUCGAUGCAGGCACGGCCAUAUUGUACCAGCAAAUGCAAGCGGCCACAAAGUGUGAUGUGAAAGAAGCGACUACUUUAUAUAAAGGGCUGAGGAAAGGGGAUUACUAAUGAAUUUGUCCCGCUUUUUUUUUUCUCCCCGCCAUACUUAUCCGAGACAAAUCUGGUCCAACGGAGCUCAGAGAAAUUGUGGAAGGGGUCAUCUGUGGUUCAAAUCAAGGAUGUCUCGUCCCUCCCAAUUUUGAAGGAGCCCUCUUUAUUCUUUGUCCAGUGUUUCUAAAUGCUGUGGUCUUGUCAGAUCGCAUGCAAGAAGAGUCUUUGUAUGGGAAGACAUUAAAGAAGUGUUUCUAGCCAA